AUGCUGUCAGAACCCUUUGUAUUGUUAAAGAAUUAUCGCCAACAACAGGAUGCCUCAAAAUCAUCCCAAAAGAAGAAACUGAUUCCCAUCCAAAAAAAACUAGUUAAGAAGACUCCCAAAUCGAAACCCUCAGUAAUUGAAAAAGAUAGAAAUCCCUAAAGGAGCCUAAUAUAGACUUAAUAACAAAUAGAACCAAUAAUUCAAAUCCAAUAAUAUUCGGAUGACAAUAUAAACGAAGAUCAGUAUUCGCCUCUUCUCUUUAAUGAGUUCAAAUUCACUUUAAAUGACCCCUAUUGUGAAAACAUAAACCUAUCCGAUGAUGCAUUUGGAAUAUGA